AAGUGAAUUGAAAUACGUUGUUGUAAAUUGCACGAAAAAGUUGUUGUGUUUUGAAGAGGAUUUUGUAAAUAAGAAUCGGUGGCGUUGGUUUCCGUUCAGCGUGGUUUUUCUAUUUUUACUAGGAGUUCGAGUAUAAUUACUUUUGGCCGGUGACCAAAUAUUUAGAUUUACUUUCGCAUGACAAGUGCGAUUUUUUCGCACCUCCCCCGACUGCAAUUUUCCUCCUUCUCCACCUACACCUCAUCGCCGACACGCAAAUCCUUUCGAUGGCAAUGGACACGUGGAGGAUCCGAAUCAUCUUCUUCGUCGCUUGCUUCGAUCUCUGCUGGACGCAGCAUCUUACAAUUGGUGCGCUUUUCAGCGGAAAUGAGCAAGAAACGGAGUUGGCCUUCAAGUAUGCGGUGCAGAGAUACAACAUGGUCAAUACGGGCAUCAAGUUCAAGACGAACAUCCAGAGGAUCGUCUCGGAUGAUCCUUUUGCCACAAGCAAAAUCGUGUGUAAUAUGACUGCUGAUGGUGAUGGAGUCGUUGCGAUCUUCGGUCCGAGCAGCUCCAAAGUUGGACCGAUGGUCCAAUCGAUUUGCUCCACCUUGGAGAUUCCUCAGGUUCAAAUCUCUUGGAAUCCGAGCACCCCGUUCAACCAUCAACCCAUUCUGAAUAUCCAUCCUGACCAAGAUCUUCUCUCUUGCGGAAUCGCAACCGUUGUUAAACACUUAGAUUGGAGCUCUUACGCGAUCAUUUAUCAAACCAACGAAGGUUUGGUCAGACUCCAAGAAAUCCUCAAACUGGUGAACGUCGACGAUGAACCGGUUAUGGUCAGGCAACUCGGUGAAGGAAAUGAUCACAGGAGCGUGCUGAAGGAGAUCAAAAACACGACAAUUUCCCAGAUCAUCUUGGACUGCGAAACCGAAGAUAUAAUCGACAUCUUGAGACAAGCCAAAGAGGUGAAUCUUUUGGACGUGUUUCAUAGCAUUCUCCUAACAUCUCUGGACGCUCACACUUUGGAUUUCAAUAUUCUAGAAACGAACGCCAACAUCACAGUGGUGCGCAUCGUGAAUCCUCAAAGUCAAGUCUUGGAGAACUCAAUUUUGGAUUGGAAGCAAGGCGAGAUGUAUCAUCAAAGAUAUCACGAAAUAUCGGCCGAUAAAAUCAAAACUGAAACCGCGUUGAUGAAUGAUGCAAUUUACUUCUUUCUGUCGGCGCUGAAGGAGCUUCACGAGAGCGAACCGAUUGCAACGAAACCGUUGCUUUGCGAUGGAAGCAGCAAGAAAUGGGAGGACGGUUUCAGAGUCAGCAAAUUCCUGAAAAUCAAGUACAUGGAGGAUGGAAUUACUGGUCCAAUCAAGUUCAGCGAUGAAGGUAAACGUGUAGAUUUCACGAUGCAAGUGGCUGAGAUCAUCAACGGAAGAGUGGAAAAAACCGCUUACUGGUAUCCAUCCAAACCUGAUGAACUUAGUUUCACGAGGAACGCCAGUCAGCUGAUGCAGCAGAUCGUUGAAAAUCUGCAGAAGACCACGGUCAUCGUUUCAUCCAGAAUUGGUCCUCCGUAUUUGAGGAACGCGGAGGCGCGACAAGGAGAAGUAUUGAUGGGAAACGAUAGGUACGAAGGAUUUUCCAUGGAUCUGAUUGCGAGCAUCGCGAAAGAGUUGAAUUUCACGUUCCGAUUCGAGCUUACCGAAGACCACAAGUACGGUAAUUACGAUCCGAAGACGAAAUCGUGGAACGGCUUAAUCAAAGACCUUUUGGAUAGAAAAGCCCAUUUGGCUAUAUGUGAUCUUACUAUCACGCAUGAAAGAAGGGAAGUUGUGGAUUUCAGUAUGCCCUUCAUGACUUUAGGUGUGAGUAUAUUGUACAGCAAAGGCAAGCAGCAGGAUGAGAACAAAUUCGCCUUCAUGGAUCCAUUCGAUCUGGAAGUAUGGGUUUACACCUCAACUCUAUAUUUGGGUCUUUCAAUUUUGCUCUAUUUCAUCGCAAGAAUGGCGCCUGGAGAUUGGGAGAAUCCACAUCCUUGCAACCAAAAUCCGGGAGAGUUGGAGAACAUUUGGAAUUUGAAGAAUUGCACUUGGAUUACUUUAGGAUCCAUAAUGACUCAAGGCUGCGAUAUUUUACCAAAAGGAAUAUCGACGAGAAUGGGUGUUUCCAUGUGGUGGUUCUUUUCCCUCAUCAUGACCAGUUCUUACACGGCCAAUUUGGCUGCGUUCUUAACGAUGGACAGGAUGGCUCCGACCAUAGAUAGUGCUGAUGCUCUGGUAAAACAGACGAAGAUCAAGUAUGGUACUGUCGAGGGUGGAUCGACUCAAACGUUCUUCCGCGAAUCGAACUUCUCCACGUAUCAGAGGAUGUGGACUCAGAUGAGUUCGACUCGUCCGAGCGUUUUCGAAAAGAACAACGGGGAAGGCGUUAAACGAGUCUUGACAACGAAAAAUCAGCUGUACGCCUUCUUGAUGGAAAGUUCUAGCAUCGAGUAUGAAGUGGAGAAGAAUUGCAAUUUGAAGCAAGUCGGAAACCGUUUGGAUUCUAAAGGCUACGGCAUAGCUAUGCCCAUGAAUUCCCCUUACAGAAGCGCCAUAAACAAAGCGGUGUUGAAGCUGCAAGAAGAGGGAACUUUGAACGAGUUAAAGAAUCGCUGGUGGAAGAAAAAAGUCCCAGUCGAAGUCCCAUGCGAUAAAAACAUCAAAUCUUCAGGCGCCGAUUUAGCUUUGGACAACGUCGGCGGCGUUUUCAUCGUUUUGGGUAUAGGAAUAUGCAUAGCUUUCGGCUUCGCCUUCCUCGAGUUCCUCUGGAACGUCCGGAAAGUCGCAUUGCAAGAACACAUCGGCUAUUGGGAUGCGUUCGUUGUUGAAUGUAAGUUUGCUGUUAGGGUUUGGGUGACCAAAAAACAGGUGAAGCCCGAUCUGUCUUCGGAUUCCGACAGCUCCAGAGACAACUCAGAGUCGAAGACUGUUGCUCACAAGGUCUUAAAAGGUGCUGGUUCUUUCCUGCAUUUGGACGAUUUCGAGAUCAGUAUGUUCUGA